ACCUCAAUCAGUUAGUUUAGUCCCAGUUACAGCUAUAUUUAAAUUAGAACAAAUGUCUUCUGUGCUUGAUUUCUUCUGCCAAGUAACGUUUCCUAGUUUAACAGGUGUAUUAGAUCAAGUGUUUCGUCAGGAGAGGCGAGGGUGAGUUAAGAAGGGGUUCAUGGAGAUGGAGGGCAGGGGUCUGUCUGAACUGUUCAGGAACACCAGCGAGGAGAUCUUUCUGAAGGCAGUGAUGGAGAACUCGAUUGGAGUGGCAGCACCGCCAAGCAUGGAGAUGAUGGGGUUCAGAAACAUGUCACAAAGUUUCAGAGAAGACAGCGAGGAGUUGUUCAACAGCUGGCUUAUGAAUGGAGAGAUUCCAGGCUUCGGUCACCUGAAUAAUCGGCCUCGACAGCCAUCUAGGUUAUCAUCAGAAGCAGCUGCCCUUCCUACUCAACAACAUGAGAUUGGUCGACAAAAUUUUCUCGGCGACAACUUGAUUCCGGAGAAUUCUGCAGUUCAUCCUGAAUACUCGAUUAACCACAACCAGCAAUCGCUCAAGAAUGCAGCAGAGAAAGGAAUGCAAGCCAGUGAUCUACUCUUGGCGAAGACCUGGUUUCACUGCACUCAACCAAUGACCAGAAGCAGAUCUUCAGAACUAAGAAGGCGGUAUGCUGCAAUGCAAACUAACGUGCCACCAAUAACCGUGGGAACAACGAGAGCAGCUAACCAGUUGAGACUAGAUUUUACAAACACAAAUGCAACAAAUGGUGCCCCAAUGGGCAACACUCUCAUUCAGACUUCAACAUUUGUAAGUCCCUCGUGUUCAUCGACGUCCCCUUUGGAUAGUCCACAUAUGGUACCGCAGGAUACUGUUACCUCAGUGGUGAGCAUGCUCAAGGAUACACUCGAGCGCAAGAAGCACGGUAGCCAUACCAACAAGGACAUCCCGCAUGGCAAUUCGUUUGGGUUUUACGACAAUCAGCAGUUUCAACACAACACUCUUGGAGGAGCAGAUAUCUUCCCACUGGUGGCAACUUCCCAUGUUCAGGACUCCCUGGUAUUUCCUGAAGUUGAGGGACCCACAGAACUAAAUGCCGGGAACUUUGUUACUCCAGCAAACCAAAUUUGGAUCAGUGCGGCGUCUAGAGAGCCUUCACAGAGUGGAUCGUCUACAGCUAUGACGGCUCAAUCAGCCGGAUUUGAGGUAUGCGAUGAACUACGACCCAUGGGGCAAGCACUGUCUGCGUGCGAGAGCACUAGAAGAAAUGCUGCAAAUGGGACAGCUGACUGUAGAUCAACAGGAAAAGAAUACAUAGGGAAGGUACUACAAGAUAAUUUGAAGGAUGAUAAAAAGAGAGUGACCCUGACUAGAAUGGGAUCCAUCUCAUCAGAACAAGCAGUUGAUAGAGGAGAUCCUACAAAGAAGCGCAGGGUUGAGCGCACACGCAAAAUGGCAGAAGCGAAGGAAAGAAGUUCCACACCAGUAAUACCAUCUGACAUGCAAGCAGUACUUAAGCGAUGUGAAAAUCUAGAGAAGGAAGUCAGAUCGCUAAAGCUUAACUUGUCAUUCAUGAAUCGGAAGGAUUCUGAACAGACGAAGCAGAUCGAGGACCUUCAGCAGCAAAAUGAAGAAAUGGCAGAAGAGAAGGAGCGGCUGCAAGAGGAGAUUGAACGCAUGGCCUCCAAUUCCGCCUCAUGA